AUGGAUCAACUACCAACCAAGGAGAAGAACGAGCCGCUUUUGAAUUUGUCAAGUAGUGGGCCAGGGCACACGAAAAAGCCUGUAGACUCGCGCUUGACACCAAAGAAGCCGUCUGGGAACGAUAACUUGGCGUCCUCUCGUAGUACCGGACUCGCUGGCGGUACUCCCUCGAGCAAGAGCGCGUCUGCUUCGUCAAAGUACGAUGAAACGACGAGGAGUGAUAAUAUCCUUCACGCAGGCAAAGUGGGACGACCGCACCUGGUGCAGCCUGCGAUAGUUAUUGACCCAGGCGUCAUCAGGACGGCGCUGAACGAUAUUGAAGAAGCAAUGUCAGACGGGACGCUCAAACCCCUUCCAGCCGAGCUCGCAAAGACCUCGAAACCAAACCCAAACGACCCACCAGUUCCUACGUUUGCCGGUGUCGAACUCAAAGUCGACACGGGCAAAGUCUGGUGGCACAAGUUUAAGGAGAUGGCAAAGUUUUACUUUUUUGGCGUCGUCACCUUGGGAAGAGAACAUCGCGUUCGGGCAAAAGAGCUCUCGCGAAGGUUGAAGGAGAGCGAGAAGAAUGGCAUCAAGGGUAUUGCGGAAUGGCGAGACCGACAAUUUGUGUCCACGUAUAGAAAGGAUCUAUUACGAUUGGUUCCAUUCAUAUCCAUUAUCAUUAUACUGGAGGAGAUCCUUCCUCUUCUACCUUCCCAAGCGCGAAGGAUCGAUGAGCUUGCAGACAGGAAACGAUGGGACGCGCUCGUUGCCUUGGGAGGGAUAAUGAAAGCGAGAAACGGAGGGACAGAAACCCAGCAAAUUGCAAAUAUUCUUGGACACGAAGAGGGCGCAGCUGCUGGGCGCCUGGACCGACUGCCAGAAGAGAGCAUCCCGUUACUCUGCCGAGUCCUUGGUAUUGCCCCGUAUGGACCAUCCUUUUUCCUCAAGCGCCGUUUACGUUCGACAUUGGUCGAACUCUCCGAGGAGGAUGAGCAUUUCAAGUCGAACAAGGCAGUUUCAUCAUCUACCGAUCCAAUCUCUCAUCUUUCGUUGAGUGAGCUACGAACAAUUCUAGGACGUCGCGGAUUCCCGUCUUCUCCGUUAUCUCUCUCUCAACUCCGAGAUAAUCUCAACUGGUGGCUUCGACAUCCGGAACACGGAACGGAAAGACGUUUGGAGGCCGUCCUGGCACUCGCCAGAUAUACACCGAACACGCCCGUUCCUCCUCGCGAGUAG